UCUUGCUGACGUCUGACUCUAUCGUACAUCAGACUUUCCCCAGUGGUGCUGGAGAACGAGCUUCAAUGAAAGCUGCCUGCUCACAGUCUGAAAGGGACUGCAGGCGAUGGAACUGCAACUUCCUCCGCUCCUCUUUGCUUCCCCUGGAGCACUGAGCCAGAAAUACCCACGGGAGGGAUGGAGAGGUUAUCUGAUCAUCUAGCCCUGCAGGAGCAACCCCCUAGUUCCUUGUGAAUUACUUUUCUCUGUCCACUGCUGCUGGAAGGGAUCUAUUGCGCUCUUCCAAAGAGGCUGAGACCGGGAGAAAUUCUGCAAGGAGGUGGAUGAUGCUUGCGCUGGCUGAGUAAAGUUGUGGCUUCCUAGCCUGAGACGAUGGUUCUGUCUGUCCCAGUGAUUGCUCUGGGAGCUACCUUGGGGACUGCUACUGGCCUCCUUGCCUUAUGCGGUCUCACCUGCCUGUGCAAAUGUAAGCAACCUGGGAAGGGAGCCUCAGACAAGGAGCAAGAUCAGGACCCAGAAAAUGCCAAGCCCAGCGUACUACAGACAGUCCAGCAGUUCAAUGUUGAGAAGACGGCAGAAGCUGUACAGCCCAGGACAAUACUCAAGUUUCCACAUAUCUAUGAUCCGAAGCCAGUAGUGACCACAUCGGAAAUUGUUAACUGUGCAGAUUAUACCUUAAAGAGGAUGAAAGAGCCAAGCAAGGGGAAGCCUACAGCUCUGGAUGAGAAAAGAAUGAACAUACGUGUCAAUGAAGAGUUAUUCAUUCUCCCUCAAAAUGGUGGAGUGAAAGAUGUAUGUGUCACUGAGUGUCUGAACCCCGAGAAAGCUGGUGGCUGCAACCAAGUCCCAGAACUUCGCUAUUCUCUUGGCUACAACCAACAGAAAGAUGCACUGUGUGUUGCUUUUCUUGAAGCUACAUAUGGAACUGCAGCAGGAGACCAGAACAAUGGCUGUGAUUGCUAUAUCCUAGGCACUUUGGUGACCAAGUCCAGCACCUCAGAAGCUCAAACUGUGUUGAAGAAGAAGAAGCCCCAGAUUGUCUGGGAGGAAGCUCUACUGUUUCCAGUAAAGGAGGAGGAGCUACCUGAGGCAAUGCUGACUCUCACCUUGAGAAACUGUGAUAAAUUCUCUAGGCACAGCAUUGUUGGGGAAAUUAAACCGAGUCUGGCAAAUGUGGGGGAGCCAUAUGGAACAGUACAGUGUGAGAAGAUGAAAACAUUUGACAAGGAGCCAGAUGCAGGCUAUGGAGAAGUUCUCCUUUCCAUCAGCUAUCUGCCUGCUGCAAACCGUCUGCUUGUGGUGCUCAUAAAAGCCAAGAAUCUCCACUCCAAACAGCUGAAAGAGCUUCUCGGGAAGGAUAUAUCUGUUAAGGUGACCCUGAAGCACCAGUCCCUGAAACUGAAAAAGAAGCAGACGAAGCGUGCAAAGCACAAGAUCAACCCCGUCUGGAACGAAAUGAUCAUGUUUGAGGUGCCCCACGACCUGCUGUGUGCCUCCAGUGUGGAGCUGGAGAUGCUAAGCCAGGAUGGAGAGGAUGGGCAGAACCGCUUACUGGGGAAGUGCAGCCUUGGCCUGCAUGCCACUGGCACAGAAAGGAACCACUGGGAAGAGAUGCUGAGGAACCCCAGAAGGCAGAUUGCUAUGUGGCACCAGCUACACAUGUAGCUAUGGAGGUAGACAGGCCAACCAGCCCAAGUCCAGUAGACCUGGUCUCAGGGCUGGGUGGGGUGGGGCGGGGAAUGAGAUCUAUUUCAACAUCCAGAAAACCAUGAAAUGGACACAUUCACAAGCACAAGUCUUGUUUUAUCGGUGUUGUCUUUCGUUGUUUCUGCUGUAAGAAUAUUCUGGAAAUGGGCUGAGAAAAGUAGCCAGCGACUCAUUUCUCUUUGCAGGACCAUCUUCUUGCUUUCUACAUAUGGGUCUUCUGCACCCGUGCAACCGAGUAGCAAGUAACAUUUACUUGCGGAAAGUGAGAUGAAAAGUGAUCUGAUUCAAGACAUUUAGAGCGCUAAUGGAUGGUCUAUUUAUGGAGCAUCCAUCAUUCAUUGAUCUGUUUACAGGAGGAGUAUUUAUUUACUGAUUUAUUUCAUAAAAUUUAUAUACCACUUGACUGUAAAAGAAAAAACAACAAAGUGGUUUACAAAAAGUGUAGUUGACAUUGGCUACUUAAUGAGCAUUCCUUCUGAUUUGAUUGGAGGAGGUUAGAUAACAUUGCAUCAAAGCAAGGGUUAUGCCACACUUCCGAGUGCAUUUUCCUGUCACUUUCGUUACUGCAAAAAAUCUUAUCUUUUGGGGAAGCGGGUUUGUUGUGCGAGAGUUCCCAGUCAACUAUAAUUAUGAAACAUGAAUUUGCUGGUGUGAGAUUGGAUCCAAAUUGAAAAUAGAAUGUUCUGGAAGUGCCCUUAAAAACAUAAGAAGAGCCUGCUAGAUCAGUCCAAUGGUCCAUCUAGCCCAGCAUUCUGUUGUCACAGUGGCCAACAGUGACUGACAUUUGUUUUGCCCUGACCUAUGGAAAUCCCACUAGCAGGACCAGAGCACAACAGCACUCUCCCCUCCUGUGGUUUCCAGCAACAGGUGUUCAGAAGCAUUUUGCUUCCGACCAUGGGGGCAGAGAGUAGCAACUGGUAGCCUUUACCUCUGUGAAUUUGUCUAAUCCUCUUUUACAGCCAUCCAAUUUGGUGAUCAGGGACGUGGGUGGCGCUGUGGGUUGAACCAGAGAGCCUAGGAC